AUGCUUUCAUCUAUACUCCGUGGUAGCUCAGUGGCCCUUAGGGGAGCCGCCAUUAGAUCUGCUGUGCGUCCAGCCGCUGUUGUUGCGCCAGCUUUGAGAUCUCCAAUCCGCUUUUACUCUUCCGGUCUAAACAAGGACGACGUCAGUUCCAGAAUCAUUGACGUCGUGAAGGCUUUUGACAAGACUACUGCCAGUGCCCAGGUCACAAACGAAACACAUUUUGCCAAGGAUUUGGGUCUUGACUCGCUGGACACUGUGGAGUUGCUGGUGGCCAUUGAAGAAGAAUUCGACAUCGAAAUCCCAGACAAAGUAGCUGACGAAAUCAAGACCGUCGAAGCAGCCGUCAAGUACAUCGAGUCGAACCCAGAGGCCAACUAG